AGUCGAGUUACAUUCGAGAACGAGGUGGGGACAGUGCUCUAGGUCCCUAAUCUUAAAUACUAGGUGCCUUUCGCCGCACUCCCGCUCUUUCGUUUUCCCCUCUUGCUCUUCCACUUCGAGGCUCGGCACCAAGCGCUGUCCAUUUUCAGCCUGAUUCCACAAAAGUUUUGAACUCUUUUAAUUGUCUAAUAAGAUGUCUCUCCAUCUUCGCCUCAUUGCAGUUCUUGCAAUCGUCUCUUCUCAAAUUCAGUAUGGUCAGGCUUUACUUAAUAACUGCUUCGAUGUCACAGGCGCCCAAAACUUCGACCGUUUCGCAUGCCAACCGAACGCAGCACAAAGUGCUUGUUGCUACGCCGGGGAUCUGUGUUAUAGCAGUGGACUUUGCGCUCCUGGUCCGACGACAAAAACGGGCUACACGCCCUUCUACGUGGAUGGCUGCACUAAUUCCUCGUUCUCCGCUCCUGCUUGCGUCCCAAACUGUGUUAAAAGUACCGGAAACGGUCUCCAAACGUGUCAGAGCCUUGGUCCCAAUCAUUUCUGCUGCUACGGCCUCAAUGGCUGCAAUUGUUCAGAUCCAUCUGCGGUCUUCACCCUGAACUUAGGAACGGUUGUUACGACCAUAGAUCCCUCCGCAACUUACACAGCUAGCGUCAGCAGUUCAACCAGCAGCUCGCUAGCUACCACGACAUCCUCAUCUUCCCCAACGGGAACGUCCGCGACCACUACCCCCAGCCCAGCACCAACCCACGGUGUCGCCAUCGGGGUUGGAGUUGGUGUUGGCAUCGUAGGCGUAGCUGCGUUCGCGGGACUAGGCUACUUUUUCUUCCGUCGUCGACAAUCGAAAUCGAAGGCCUCGGAGUUGUCAGCCGGGCCAGGUUCUCAACCUCCGCCGUUUCAGGAAUACUAUAACCCGCCAGGGGGGCAGAAGCCGCAAGGAGGAUACCAACAGCAAGAAUACCCGCAAACGCCGAUGACCGAGUUACCGGAGGGUAGACAUUACCAGCCUGUGGGAGAGUUGCCGGGUCAUGGGAAUUACUGAGCGUAUCGUUGUUUGGCGUUGUUUGCUAAACGGAGCCAGAAACAUAGAGGAAGAGAUGGACACCUUUAGAAACGUCGACCGAAUUGAAUACGAUUCUUGUGGGAAGGGAGGAUUUGAGGCUUAGGAGCUUCGCGUCGGCCGUCACUGAUUAGAAGUCCGAGAGAAGGAAACGCAAAGAGGAAAGCGAAGGAAGGCCGAGAGAGAGCGUCGAAAGACAUCAGGGUCUUGGCGGAGACAUUGUGCAUUAGUGGCGGAAGCUUCGAAAUAAGCUUUCUUGGCACGUUGAGGGGCGAGGGAGGGCGUAUAAUUUGAUAUACCCUCUCCACCCGCUGCAUUAAGCUAACUAAUAGAUUAAUCGUGAUUUCUUUGAGAUCCCUAUAGCGACUUUCGGGGCACGCAUAGCUAUUCUAUAGCGUAUAUAAUUUACUACUGAAAUUUAGCACAUGCCUUACUAAGUUCUGGCGUAUUAUGCCCC